GUGUGCUAGCAGAGAGCCACUGGGAGGCUCAAACUUUCAGGCGGAUGCCUGCCUGCCAGCUCAGGCAAGCUGGAUUCUGAUCCCCACCUUUGCAGAGAGAGCAGCGAUGUUGUGCGCCCAUUUCUCAGACCAAGGACCAGCCCAUUUUACUACUUCCAAGAGUGCUUUUCUCUCUAAUAAGCUGGGCAAGACCAAGCGUGGUGGCUCAGCCUGUAAUCCCAGAACUUUAGGAGGCCAAGGCAGGCAGAUCCCUUGA